UCCAGAGACUGGGCGACCGCGUGCUUUUCGUUUCCGAUCGCCGGGCUGGACCGCGCAAGAGGUUCCACUGCUUUGCAGCUACUUUUCAACUUUCUUGUCAUUCUUCGGUAAUAUUAAUUCUCAUCCUCCUUCAAAUAUUAUAUUCGAAUCGACCACAGCUGCACAGCCACAGGGGCCUAUUCUUUAUUAAUUAGUGUGUGGAAGGAAGUGCUUAACAAGCUUAUUUAGUCUCAUGAUAGGUGCUUCAAUAGCCCUAAAAUCGCUUCGCCAUUGAGGAUUUCUUUUUUAGCGGCUUCGCGUUCGCAUGCGUGAUCAUGUUUCCGCUUCGUCUCUCCCAGGUCUGCAUCUGGCUUAUCUAUUAUUAACCAAGAGGAAUGCCUGCAUUUUUCAUGGUUUAUCAUAAUACUUGGCUCCGGAGUUGAGCCAGGAGAUGCGUUGUCGUUUACCAGCUCUCUCUUUGUUGUCGAUGCCGCGUUCUGUGACGUGUGGAGCCGUGUACCAGCGCGCAACGGGCAGCAAGUGCAGAUCCGCGAUCAAGAUGUGCCCCGUUUCGAUCGCGUUCUCUCGUCCGAACCUACAAUGAUGGAGAGUUUCAACAUGCUGGUAAACUCGACUUCUGAGAGGGACCCGGAUUACCUCUACUCGUGGGAGAGCGACAAUAAACAACCUCGCGAGCAGCACCAAGUCAAAACCUCCUUGGCAGUAGGCAGUCUCAUUAAGCAACGUAUCGCGGCGACUUCGAGUCUCCUCAAAUCCACUGCAGCGCAGCGUGACGCAGGUCAGAAAAGGGAGACUACACUACAGCAGGAAUGUCGAAACUUUCAGAAGAAAGUGAAUGAUUUGGAGAACGAUCUCGAGGAAGAGCAAGAAGAGAAAGCCUUAGUAGAAACUGAACGGGAUGAUUGGGAAGCCAAGUUUUACAAGAAAUGUGACGAUGCCAAGAUGCUCGCGACAUCACUAGAAAAAAAGAGACUCCAACUACAAGCAGAGAAGGAAAAGAGCGCUCGUCUGGAGAAGGAGCUAGCAGAACUCAAACAACAGCUACAAGUAGGAGAAAAAGGAAAUCCAACUAGUGAACCAGCGACAUCGUGUACUGAAGCUGACAUGGGUAUGGGAGGUGGUACUACGACAAAAUCAAGCAAGAAGAGGAGAAAGCCGCUGUAGCCACUCGAUCACGAUCUUACAAGUGAAGAUGUACUCGCGCCAGUUCCAGUGAAGAAGCAUUCCCGUCGUGAAUAAAAAGUCUGACUUUAAGCACGACCGCCUCUGAUGUCUGUCGUGAACAAGGAUGAAAAAUAA